GAAUGUUGUUGAUAGGAAUCGUUCUAGCUCCAAUAUUUAUUCGAUCGCGUCGUCUAGCUCAACAACCAAAGUGGAAAAACCGACGUGCACGUGCCUCCCAUAAUGGUAGAAAAUGGACGGCUUUUGCCAUUUAUGGUGGUACUGCAUUAACCGUCGGGUUUAUUGGUCAUUGGAUGAAUUUUUAUCUACCAAUGAAUCCUUAUUUAUGGUGGGUUUCGGUUGAGCCUGAUUUUAUGCACCUGGCAUUUAGUGUGGCAUUCUCUGUUCUGAUAUAUCUGGAAUACUUGCGAUAUUUUGCGGUAUUUCCAUUUGGAAAAAAACUUCAUAUCUUUCUGUGCGAGUUCUUGGACAGUCGUGAUGUUGGUCCUUGUAUUGUAAGUCACAUAUACUUACUAUUUGGGUGUGCCGCGUGCGUGUGGAUGCAAGGGAACUCGAUGUUGGCUAAUUUAUCUGGAAUUCUUACUCUUGGAAUUGGAGAUGCCAUGGCAUCUAUAAUUGGCAAACGCUGUGGUCGACGCCGUUGGCCAGGCACAUCUAAAACUGUUGAGGGAUCAGUUUCCUUUGUACUUUUUCAAUUAUUUGGUGCAUAUGCGAUUACUCGGAUUUAUCCGUUGAAUAACAUGUGGGCGGGCGAUGUAAAAUGGGUCGGAUAUUCUUUUGCGUUAUCAGCAACUGGCAAGUAUCUACUUUCCGCAG